AUGAAAUCCCCCAUCUUUGGGGCGGCAUCUGUGCUGCUCCUUCUCAGCACGUUCGCGAAAGCACAGAAUUCUUCGUCGACUGUACCAGUCAUCGAUCUCAAUUACGUAAAAUACAGCGGCCACCAGAAUGCCACCGCGGGCAUUAACUACUAUCGUGGCAUCCGUUAUGCUGCCGCUCCCACAGGCGAAUUGCGCUGGGCAAAGCCCAUGCCUAUCGAAUACAUGAACAACUAUAACGGCCAGACCAUCAAUGCCUCGACCCUCGGCCCGGCAUGCUAUCAAUCCUCUGCGAGGUCCACCUAUGCUUCCCCUUCGGCACCACAAGGACAAUCAGAGGAUUGUCUGCUCCUCGAUGUGCUAGUGCCUUCCAAGCCUGUUUCAACAGCCUUGCCUGUUCUUUUCACCAUUCACGGUGGCGGGUACGUCGGUGGUAGCGCUCCAUUCUCCUACCCAGGCGACGCCCUAGUAAACCGGUCCAACGGCAACAUCAUUUACGUGGGUAUCCAGUACCGCUUGGGAAUGUUCGGAUUCAUGGGCGGCGAUGUCAUUGCUGAGAAUGGAGCGUUGAAUGCUGGCCUGCUCGAUCAACGCGCUGCCAUGGAUUGGGUCCAGCGUAACAUCCGUGCCUUCGGUGGUGAUCCUGGUCGCGUCACUAUCUGGGGGGGUUCGGCUGGUGGAGGCAGUGUGUCAUGUCAGCUAAUCGCGAAUAGCGGCUCUGAUUUCCCUCCUUUUGCAGCCGCGAUUGCGGACCAUCCCUGGUGGCAACCCCUGGCAAACAGGAGCACGCAGAAUAUCCAGUACAAUACAGCCCUGAAGCUGUCGGGCUGUUCGGAUAUCAAUUGCCUCCGCGGCCUAUCUUCUGCGACGGUGGGAAACCUCAACCAAGCAGUGAUAAAUGCAACAUACCCUGGACCUGGCAACGCAUACGGCGUCUACUACUGGGGCCCCGUGGUGGAUGGCAAGUUCAUCCGCGACCUGCCGGACCAAGAAUUUGCAAAGGGCAAUUUCUACAAGGUUCCCUUGAUCACCAACCGCGACGCUUACGAAGGCUACAUCUUCUCCAACAUGACGCAGACAUCUCAGGUGGACGAGACGGUAGAUGCUGAAGCCCUCUUCCCCUCCGCUGGUCCUUCGUUUUUCUCCCGUCUUUACUCGCUCUAUCCACGCAGCUCCUUCAACAGCACCUUCUACCAGCGCCAGACCUGGUUCGGAGACUUCAUCAUAAACUGCCCGACCUACUACAUGGCCUCGUCCAUGGUGGACUCGCUGUCCAACCGCUCCGCGGUCUUCAAGCUCACGUUCGCGGCCGGGACGGAACUCCACGGUGCGACCAACCCUUUCAUCUCGUCUAACGUGACCAACUACCCCAGCGCGAACAACCUGACCCUGGCGCACAUCAUGACCAGCUACUGGGUGAGUUUCACCGUGUUUCACGACCCGAACCCGUUGCGGACUUCCGGCGCGCCGUACUGGCCGAGCUACAUCUCCGGAGCGGCUGGGUCGGCGGCGGAGGGCGAAGGCGUGGGCUUCACGGUCCAGGCCGUCACGUACAACAGCAUCAGCGCGAUGCCGGAUCCGGACGCGGCCGCCCAGUGUGACUUCUUCAACUCCAGGGGCUGGCAGAUCAGGAAUUAG